CCAAAAACUCAUCACUCACCGCUUCAGUUGAAAUCAACUAGGAAUUCAACCUCCAAUUAAUAGCAACUGAAGAUGAUGACAAUAACUACUCCUAAACAGCACAAGGUUGCAGCAAUGGCCCUUCUCUUGCUCCUCCUCCUCCUCAGCAUUGCCAACAACCCUGCAACCAAGGCCAAUGCCCAAGCCCUUUGCUAUUCCCAAUUCAUGCUGGCCAAUGAAGCAUGCAGCUUUGUCAGGCAAGCUGAGGAAUUAUCCCAUGGAACAGAACAACAGAAACAGGCAGGACUUGUUUCCUCUGGAGGAUCCAUUAAUAAUCCUGUAGACUCUCCGUGCUGCCGCCGCCUCACUGGCAUUGACAAUGCAUGUGUUUGUGGAGUUCUUUCUCGGCUUCCCAUCUUCAUCACUCGUCCUCAACAUGUUAUCACUUUGACCCCUGCAAAUGGUUGUGAAGUCUCCUUCCAGUGUGAUGGCAGGUCUUAAUUAAGGGUAGUUUAUCUUAUUACUAUAUAUAUAUAUAUAUAUAUAUAUCUCUUAUAUAUUAUAAUAAUGAACUGUUUUGUUCUUGAUCAUGACCAAGUGGCGCAUGAGGAGAUGUAAGCGCAGUGGGUGGUUGUUUGUUGUCUUCUUCUAUUAUGUUUAGUGAACUUUUAUGAAUGAAAUAUCUUUUUCCUUUGUGUUUA